GCGACCGUACCGACAACAUGGCGGCGUCCUUGAAGCACACGGUUUGCCUUCGGUAGGCAGCCAGAGACAGGCAAAAGUCAUGGAUAAUGCGAGGCUGAAUGCGAAUCAAAGUGUAAUUCCCGUUAAUACCAUGGAAAGAAGAGAAUUUACUGCUUCGCUCGUGGCUGGGGGCAUCGCGGGCAUGUGCGUAGACCUCACCCUCUUCCCGCUGGACACCAUCAAGACCCGGCUUCAGAGCCCGCAGGGCUUUGCCAGGGCGGGAGGUUUGCGUGGCAUCUACGCCGGGGUGCCCUCAGCCGCGGUUGGAUCUUUCCCCAACGCCUCUGCGUUCUUCGUCACCUACGAAGCCACCAAAUCCCUGCUUGGGGCAUGUGGGCCCCCACAUGCAGCGGCCGCCACACACAUGCUAGCUGCAUCCUUGGGAGAAAUCGUGGCCUGCUUGAUCCGCGUGCCCACAGAGGUGGUGAAGCAGCGAGCACAGGCAGGCCCGUCCUCCGGCACGCUGCAGGUGCUGCUGCGGACUCUACGCCAGGAGGGCUUCUGGGGCUUGUACCGAGGCUACGGGAGCACCGUGCUCAGAGAGAUCCCCUUCUCCCUGGUGCAGUUUCCUCUCUGGGAGUACCUCAAGAGCCUUUGGUCACGGAGGCAGGGUCACACGCUGUAUUCUUGGCAAGCUGCAGUAUGUGGAGCGUUUGCAGGGGGGGUGGCUGCGUUCGUCACGACGCCACUCGACGUAGCGAAGACCAGAAUAAUGCUGGCCAAGGCCGGGACGAGCACAGCGAGUGGAAACAUCCCCCGGGUCCUGUACGAGGUCUGGAAGAGACAGGGGCUCCUUGGCCUGUUUGCUGGCAGCCUCCCCCGGAUGGCCUUCAUCAGCAUCGGGGGGUUCAUAUUCCUGGGGGCAUACGAUAAAGUCCGCAGCAUGCUGCUUUAGGCAGGAGCCACCCCCCCCCCCCCCCCCGAAACAGCGACGAACCCCGAAGUGCUGACGCAAGACGCGAGGUGACUGCAGAGGAGCGACGGAGAUCACGUUACCCAAAGACCUGCAUUCUUGGUUCACAGCUGGCUGCAGAUUGAGUUUAACUGUCCUGGUUGUAAAAUCACUGGAGUUGAGUCUGUUUUCCAGACUGAAGCCAUAACUGCUGUCUGAAUCAUUCAGGCCCAGGUCUAAUACAGACAUGUUCCUUUUGAUGGUCUGAAUGCUCAUCCCCUUCAUCGGCAUCUUCGUUCUUCCAAAGGCUAAUGAGCAGCUCUAGUGGUUUUUGAGUCUCACCUGAAGAGAGGGGGCUCUCCGUCGACCCCCCAGUCUUAGGAAAUCACAGACUGGACACGUAUUAAAAGCCAGGAAUGUGACUGAAGCGACGGGCUGGUUAGUACGAAGAUCGUUAGCGCAGACAUGUUUCACGUGGACAAUGUGAAUGAAGUAACAGCUUUUUGAUUAUUUCUGUAAUAUUUAGAGUUUGUCAAAAUAAAAAGUUGGUGAUAUCA